AUGUUGUCCCUCAAGGGUCUCCUGAACCCAGCCCCCCAAGGAGAGAAUGAUUCCUCCUUCUCCCAACCAAAUUCUCCGCCCGAGUUUCCACCAACUUUCAACAACAGAAUGCCCUCGAGCCAGCGACAGGGACGUGUUAUCAUGUCUAGCGAUAGAGCUGGAUACAAGGACACCAACCUGACCAAAUCCAAGUUGCGCGGUCAGGUUAGGUUUCCCCCCUACGAGCGCCUGGACGAGGUCGCUUUACAAGAGACCCGCAGGCACCGAGUAACCCCUUUUGGAUAUAUCCAUGAAGCCUGCCUUCAUAUUCCAUAUAAUAGUGGCAAGAAAGACUUUUUCGAGAAAACGGGGCGUGAGAGUUUCGAAGUUUUCAAGUAUGAGUUUGUCUCUCUUGAAAACGGUACUGAAUACGCUGUUAUUGCCUUGACCAUACCUGCAAAGAUGCUAGGCCUCAACCCAGGUCUAAAAGAGAUCACCCAUAGCAUUACUGGCGGUGCUAUAGCUGCCCAAGGCUAUUGGAUGCCAUAUCAAUGCGCCAGAGCUAUCUGCGCAACAUUCUGCCAUCCCAUUGCGGGUGCUUUGAUUCCCAUCUUCGGCCCAGAUUUCCCAGCUAUCUGUAUUCCUCCUGGCACGCCUGAGUAUGCUCGCAUGGUCAUAAACCGACAGAUUGUCAUCGAUGCUACUCAAGAAGCCAAUACUUGGCGCCUGGAAACGAGUACAAUCCCACCAAAGUUUCCAAGUCCGACAAGCUUCCCUAGAGACGAUCGAAAUGCUCAGCAAACCUACCCCCCAGACGAACGCCGGAACAGACACCGACCGCGUCUGUUUUGUGAUCCAUCAUGGGCGAUGGAAGACCCAGACCGCCAUUACUUGUCGGCCCCCGACUCAGCCUCAAGUACCGGAUCAGGUCUUCCUGGCUAUAUGGUCACAUCUCGACCAGGUUCCAGCUGGACUUCUACAAACCGAAUCACCCAAGAAGCGAAUCCUUGGGUCACUGCCAUACCUGGCAACCCACUUUGGCGCCGCGAAUCCAAUACUCUUCCUCCUCUGGACCGACUCAGCCAAGAACCACAUCUUUUGGUCAGUGCCAUACCUCGUAACCCACAUUGGCCUAAGCGGCGCUUCGAAUAUGAAGAUCCGGAAUACAACUAUAGAAGGAGCGUCAGUCCUAAUAUGAGCAUAAGCUCUGCCAUGAUGGCCGCAACCCCUGAAGCAAGCCCUAUGAGGCAGCGAGUCGCUCGAGGACCAACAAGCGCAGCUCAUUCCGUCCGGCAAGAUACCACUCAGCAGGACGCCGCUCUGCUUCUGUUGAGCCUCAGCCAUCAGGAACAAGUCAUUCCAGCUUCUAAUGCGGUUGCCUCGCCUCCCAGUAUCUCCGGGGAAGACUCUGCCACAGAUGAGGGACAUCGCCGCAGCAAGAGAAAACGAGGCGUUCAGCCUUGA